CGCUUUCAGUCCUGUGUGUUUUUUGUUUGUGCCUCAUGGUCUGUGGCCUCACACUUGACAGCUGAGCGCAGCUCGAUCUAACGUUGAUUUCCCUCCGAUUUGCAGAAAAACAACAACGAAAUGUCUCUGACAAAUGGCCAUUGUGUGAGCAAAGAAACAUGGGACUGUCACAACAAAAUGAUGCUGGAACCUCUUGCUGUCAAUGACCCUGAUGUAUUCUCCAUCAUAAAAAAGGAGAAGCACAGGCAAACUUAUGGCCUGGAACUAAUUGCAUCAGAAAACUUUGCAAGCAGAGCUGUUCUGGAAGCUCUGGGUUCUUGUAUGAACAACAAGUAUUCUGAAGGCUACCCUGGUCAGAGGUACUACGGCGGCACAGAACAUGUGGAUGAGCUGGAAAGACUCUGUCAGCUGAGAGCACUGGAGGCGUUUGGGCUAAAUUCUGAAAAAUGGGGUGUCAAUGUGCAGCCAUACUCUGGUUCUCCUGCAAACUUUGCUGUUUACACUGCUGUGGUGGAGCCUCAUGGGAGAAUAAUGGGACUGGAUCUCCCUGAUGGAGGUCACCUGACUCAUGGUUUUAUGACGGAAAAGAAGAAAAUCUCAGCAACAUCUAUAUUUUUUGAGUCUAUGCCCUACAAGGUAAACCCUGAUACAGGAUACAUCGAUUAUGACAGACUUCAAGAAAAUGCUAAACUUUUUCAUCCCAAACUCAUCAUUGCAGGUACAAGCUGCUAUUCUCGUAACAUUGACUACGCUCGUAUGAGGCAGAUUGCAAAUGAAAAUGGGGCAUAUCUGAUGGCUGAUAUGGCCCAUAUUAGUGGAUUAAUUGCAGCUGGAGUUGUUCCCUCACCAUUUGAACACUGUGACAUUGUUUCAACAACUACACACAAGACGCUGAGAGGCUGCCGUGCAGGUCUUAUCUUCUUUAGAAAAGGUGUGAGAAGUGUUGAUGCAAAAGGCAAGGAGACCAUGUAUAACUUGGAGUCUCUUAUCAAUCAAGCUGUUUUUCCUGGUCUGCAGGGAGGACCACACAACCACGCCAUUGCAGGCGUUGCUGUAGCUUUGAAACAAGCCAUGACACCAGAGUUCAAGGCCUACCAAACGCAGGUUUUGGCCAACUGUAAAGCCCUUUCCAAUGCCCUUAUUGACCAUGGCUACAAGAUUGUGACUGGUGGUUCUGACAACCAUCUCAUCCUGUUGGACCUACGUACCAAAGGCACUGAUGGAGGAAGAGCUGAAAAGGUUUUGGAGGCCUGUGCUAUUGCUUGUAACAAGAACACCUGUCCAGGAGAUAAAAGUGCUCUACGCCCCAGUGGCCUGAGGUUUGGCUCUCCAGCUUUAACCUCAAGAGGUUUAAUUGAGGAAGAUUUUAAGAAAGUGGCAGAGUUCAUCCACAAAGGUAUUGUGGUAACAUUGGAGGUGCAGAAAACUAUGGAUCCUAAGGCAACACUCAAGGAAUUUGUUCAGGCCUUGUCCCAGGGAGAGAAGUUUCAGCAGCAGAUAAGUGGGAUCCGGGCUGAGGUGGAGGCCUUUGCUGCUCAGUUCCCCAUGCCUGGCCUACCUGAGCUUUAGAGCUGGAUUCAAAGAAAGAAGAAAAUACAGUGAUUAAAUGGUUAUAUGU